UAGCCGCUGAACGGGUUCUCGUCGCCUCCAUUAAAAAAGUGACCCUCUUAUUUUUUUCUGGUGCUGCCUUUUCCAGCAUCUGCUCUGAACCCUUCUUCCACCUCAGUGUGCUUGUCGCCGUUAUACUAAGAAGCUGGGCCCCACCCUCACUCCGCACCUCCUCGCUGUCUCCGGUGACGCGCGCAAAUAGGAAUCUCGAAAAUCUCACCCCUGUCAACGCCGUCUCCUCUCGCAAUCUGCUGUCGCUAGUCCGUCCGUCAGACGCCGCCCGCCUCUUGUCCAGCCCGCUCGCCGUCCCUUUGACGGCCUGUACAUAUCAAGACAUAAUGCCGGAUUUCGGAGAGCACGUCGACAAUGGGAUCUUUGAACAGAUCCUAGAGAUGGACGAUGACGACAAGCGCGAGUUCAGCAAGUCCUUGGUCACCAACUUCUUUGACCAAGCUGAGGAGACCUUUGUCAAGAUUGAGGAGGUUUUGAACAAUGAGAAGCUCGACAACGGCAAGAGGCUCGAAACGCUGUCGAGUCUGGGCCAUUUCUUGAAGGGUUCUUCAGCCACCCUCGGUUUCAACAAGAUCAGGGAUUCGUGCCAAAUCAUCCAACAAUACGGUCACAAGCUCACUGUCGAUGGAGCUGCGGAGCCCAACGAACAAGUUUGCCUGGAGAAGAUUCAGGCUGCCCUCAAGACAGCCAGGAACGACAAAAACGUGCUGGCGGACAUGAUGUUGAACGAAACACACGGCUUCUUCCAGCCAGAUGACGAAUAGUGGGAUUCAGGAUGAUUCACAACACUUCCCUCUGGUUUGCCGUGCUCGUAUCUGGCGCUUUCUUGGGCGACGAAGGCAAGCAUGCCUGCCUGCCUGCCUGCCUACGUUGGAACAGCUUCGGCGACACAACAGUAUGGCACUCUUCCGGGCGAGUAGGUCGAGAUGUCAGGGCGCGGGAGGAAAACAAAAGGUACAGCAGUCUAGAAGACGCGAAUCGGAAUAGAAUUCAGGGGCCAUUUAGAUCCAGCCAUUCCGCAGGGCUUGGAGCUAUGGGAGCCAUGAUCACUACACGUGGGCAUUGCGCACCGACGGCGUUCUGCGAAUCAGACGCACGGCUCUGGCUCAUGGGGGCGCUGAAAAGGGCAUUGUGGGAUGUUUACGGGAAGGCUUCGAGACAUAGCAGGCUUACCAUCCCGAGGUAUAGGUGGGAAAGAUAUUCCAGCAUGGUCUCUGUUUCGGACCCUUUUGCUUGUUAGAAUAUCGGGAUGUUCGAUACGUUAUUUGUCGCUUGGUGGAUCAGGGAGGUAGUCACGGUUCCUUAAAGACAAGAGUAGCCUUUGUUAGUAGCGCUUUCCCGGGUAUCGGAUCCGGUUCAUACAGAUAGUACAUAUCAUGUAACAUCCUCAAGUUGUCCUGU